UAUAUAAUAAAAUAGUCUGCUUUAUUUAAAAAUAAAUGAAUAAAUUAAACUAACAUUAAUCAUCAGUUAUCUUAACUGUGUGUAAUGUGUAUAGUAAGGGAUUCUGGUAUCUUGAUAUUUUGCCACAUUUUGUUUUAGGAAACCAUUUUUUUGUACAAAAUUAUCUUUUUUGGUUUCAGAGUGUAUACUGCGUACGUUGUGUAUGGUAUUAAACGGUGUGGAGUUUGGCGGAGUUGCCAGAGAAACUUUCAAAACAUACUGUACAAGCUAAGUCCGCCCAACUCCUGGCAAGAUUAAGGUAAUGCCUGGCUGAUACGAUACAAUAGUUAUGUAGCCUUUCAGUGCUCUAUGGUGCUCCCGUCGGAUUGCCCACCGCUGCGGAAAAGCGAUCUUUAUUGGAGUAAAGAAUACCCCAUCACUGCUACAGAAAAAGGUGGUAGAGAGUGUGGGGGGCGCGAGAAGAGACGCGAACCGAGAAGAGAGAAGAUAAUGACGGAUAGCCAGCAGCAGUUCUGCUUAAGGUGGAACAACUUUCAGGCCAACAUCACCAGCCAGUUCGAGGCCCUGCGCGAUGAUGAGGAUUUCGUCGACGUUACCUUCGCCUGCGAUGGCAGGCGACUUCAGGCGCACAAGGUUGUACUCUCAGCCUGCAGCCCUUACUUCAAGGAGCUCUUCAAGACAAAUCCAUGCAAGCAUCCGAUAAUCUUCAUGCGGGAUGUGGAGUUUGAGCACCUACAGUCCCUGCUGGAGUUUAUGUACGCGGGUGAGGUGAAUAUCUCGCAGGCCGAGUUACCGACGUUCUUGCGUACUGCAGAGUCCCUGCAAAUUCGUGGUCUCACCGACUCCCAGAGCCAGCACAACAACGAAAAGCAUUCGAAGACGAAUAGCGUGCACGCGUCAAAUGGUCGCGGGCUGAUCUCACCGACCUUCGAGGACGAGCGUAGCAAGACACCACCUGCGACGAGUCCACCACCACUUAAACGGCUGUGCAAACGAAGUGAUUCGCCUCAAAACUCUAGUCCGGUACCCGCGGUGCCACCUUGUGCUACAAGCACAACGCGUUCUCGCCCCCUAAUCGAACCCCAGGUCCAACUUGAUUGCUACAAAGAUCUCGAUGUCGUUGAGCCAAAACUAGAGUUACCCGAAUAUGGCAGUGAUGACGAUUGCAGUACCAAGCAAGAAGUUAAUGCAAUACCCGGCGGCUUUCUCAGUCUCGAUGGCGGCAUGGAGGUGUUGCCAACCUACCCACCUUCGUAUUCAGGCAGCGGCAUGGACGGUGGAAUGCCAGGACCAUCGCAUGGCAAUAGCGAGCUGAACCAGGAGCAGCAAGCAGGACGGAGGGUGCGUCGUGGCAGGCCGCGACUCGGCACGAGGGGCGGAAGACACCUGUCCUCAUCCAUACAUGGAAAUUCACCCUCGCGGGGCGACUGGCUGCCUUUGGACAUGAGGACAACGCCGCCGGCCAUGCCGGCCUUUCGUGGCUUCGAGGAAUCCUCGUCGGACGGAGUGGUGCACCUGGGCGAAGGCAUCGCCGUUUGCGAGGAACAGCUGCGAGCCGUCAAAUGGAGUGACUAUCGAAAGUUAACCAGAGGCCUGGCAGCGAUACUAUUCAGCCCUACGGAACUGGCAACGUGUUCCGUGACGGGACAGCGUUGGAGCCGCGCCGGAACCGCGACGGAACGACCGGUCAAACCAGCCCUGGACAGAGCCAAGGUUCAGGCUAUCAUAUCCUACGUGACGUCGAGGUUUCCAUCGGUGGACGUGAGUAGCGUCAAGCAAGUUUUGGCUUAUAAGUGCAAGGAAAAUUCUACAGCCCUUAAGAUGAAAUCCAUUCGAUACAUCUGCGAACGCCAAGACACGGACACUUCGCCAAGGGCCGAAUCCGAGGAUAAGUGAGAGAUGGCGCUGGGUGCGUGCAGGGUGCAGCAGUCACCCGUCCUGCUACGUCGCGUCCUCCCGCACCCUGGACCAAACGAGAAGGAACCAUCGGCCGAGAUCCAGUACGGCCACCCGGGGGACGAUCAGCAUCCUCCCCGGGAUAACCAGGAUGGGAAUCGCCGCCAGCCUCCAUCAUCCACCCUGCAAUCAUCUCAGACGUCACCAACAAGACGACCGUACGAAACGCUAGCAGAGUCCUCGUUAAUGACGUCAUCGUACACAGCAGUAGGGAGUCCUGCAACAGCAACAGCGACUACAGCUGGGAACAGCAACCCUGGCUCGAUAGGUGGUCUUAUGAGACUUCACGCGAUUCAUCGUGCACUUCAGGCGACUCUGCAUGCAGCUGCGUCUGCCGCAGCAGCCACUGCAGCCGCCAGCGAUUAUUUCUGAGUCUCUAGCCUGAUGUACCAAACUUUUGGCUCCUGCCGUACGGGAUUAUUUCACGUGGGUGACGUAAAGAAUGGGAAUUAUCCGGGCGAAAGGGGCGCACGGAACUCUACCACCUUUUGGUACAGCGUCGUAUCGUCGCUCCCGCUGAUACUAGCGGAUACGAUGCUGGGUACUACACUGUUGAUACAGUACUCUGACGUCAUACGUUAUUACUCCUGUGGUAUACUACGGUUUAAUAUUGUACGUUUAAACUGCGGCUGAUUACACGAACGAGAAUAGGGUUUCGGAGGUUGAAAAUAUUUCAACUUCCGAUUAGGUACGGACUGUUUCAUUUUGCUGUAUUAACAGCACGACAUCGUACUGGCUUAUGAGCAUUAGGUAUAUCCAGCUGGAUGGAUUGUAAGAUAAAACAAUUGCGUGGAUCGCUUAGGAUAUCUCAUGUUUUUUGGGGAUGCCUCUUAUUAUCAAGGGGCUGUGUACAGUGUUAUACAAUAUUAGGCCUUUCGGUGUCUUCUAAGCAGUCUAGGUUGAAAUGGAUAGGAGACAGAACGUGAUACGUAACCAUGGAGACUGGUGUAUUUCUCCCUCCCUUCCUUCCUCCCUCCCUCCCUCCCCACCUGUAAUACCGAUUAACGAGACUGACAGAUUUGAUCUUUGGUCUUGCACUUUAGUCGAUCUUUUACUAGGAUAUUGUGAACUAAUUCGAGAAUUCAUUUUUUUUUUUUCGUCGAAUUUAAUGUGUACAGUGUUAUUAGCCAAUUGCGUUACGUCACUUUGCGACUCAGUUUCAGCCUAGAGUGACAGAUGCACUGUUCGUGGUAUAGGGCAAGGGGUUAAUAAUCGAAAAUCAAUAGCUAGUCCGAUGCAUCCUGUGCAACUUGAAGUGCAGGCCUAAGAGUGAUGAAUAAGAUGAGGAAAGUGCAAAUAAGGAAGAAACGUUGCGAAUUUCUCUCGCGAUUGCGAUUUUGUCAGACGCGUCAAAUGCAUCUGGUCGGCGGACGGUAAAGAGAUCGUAGAAGAAUCCCGAUUUUUGGAUAUAAAUUUUUUUUAUAUUUCAAUACUCGUGAUCCUUCUUUAUUUAUUUUUCUAUUUACUCGUGCAUAUAUGUAUACUCGCUACGCAUAUGUGACUUUCAUUGCUGCUUGCAUGCGUCUAGUCUAUCUACUUUGUUCUGUAUAGCACAUGCAACGUCAUAAACAGAAGCCAGGAGUCAGUGAGCCAUAUAUUCGGAUAGCUGUGUAAUGGUCAGACUGGUGGGUUUAGUGGCCGCGCUGCAUUUCCAGUUCAGUAAUACGCUGGGAAUUUGAAAUUUCCUUAUUUCACGAUCGCUCGAAUAUUCCCCUUGUGGUUGUUGGAUGCAGUUGAUGCGGAUUCGUCCAACCUAACCUAACCUCAACCACGUAUAGAGAGCUUAGAGAUAAACCGCAAAUUCGCCAGAUUACAAACCCACGAUCUUCUCGUUGACCCUCUGACGUCUCAUACUCAAUAACGUAUCCUUUACACGCCGACCUUAUUUCCUUGCGGCGGUAUAACGCAACGUGAAACGUAAUUCAAGAAGAGAGAUGAAAAAAAUUAACAAGAGACAGACAGAGAGAUUGAUAAAAAGGGUAUGGAGAAAACAAACGAAACUCCCGCGGCUUCGUGCAAUUUUCUCUAGACACGCGAGAGAGAACUUCGUAACGUUUUUUCUUCGCCGUGGCCAAACAGGAAUAAUACCAAAUAAAAGAGAGAGAGAGAGAGAGGGGAAAGCAAAGAUAUAUCGAAAGAAGAUUAAAAGGUGAAGCGUGAAAUUUGAUAACACGAAAAUUGACGAUAUAGUGUAACGAUAUAUUGAUUGUGCAAUAGAAAGUGACCGUGGCGAUUGAAAAUCGUAUACGGGAACGUAACUCGUCGACGGAGAUCUUAUGGGCCUAAGGGGAUUUUAACGAAGUGGCGGAUCGAAGGAAGAAAAAAGAAAGGAAGGAAAAGGCUUAACGCAAUGGGACAAAUCUCGAGACGAGGUGAUACAAAAAUACACGAGCUUUUCAGGCUCGCUGCGUAAACGAGAGAAUUUAUUAUGUGUACAGUCUCAGUUGAAAUUGUAUAAGAGUCGGCGGGACAGCAGUUCGCUCUGAGAUAAGUAAAUAAAUAAAUAAUUGAGGGUUAAUCGAGAAGUGGAUAAAGUUUAUAGGGAUUGGGAGGACAGGGGACGUCUUUCAACGAUCAUCAACGACCCGCGAAAUUGUGCAAUAAUAAAAAACUAUACUAGUGCUAAUUAUCAUAGCGAUAGUAGGCUAAUGAUAGGGGGGGGAGGAGGAGGAGGGGGUUGGGGAGAGUGCGAAUAAAUAGUUGAAAAAAAAGAAAUUGAGGGAAAUGGGCGCGACCUUGGAAACAACCGUAUAUAAUAAAAGAAGAGCAUCGUGUAUAUCGUACGGGGACAAGUGAUGAAUAUCCGUAAUGCGGAAUUUUUUCGCAUAAAUCUGUGUUACGUACGAGUGGUUGCGUAAAGCUACAUCGCGGACCAAAAAAGAAAAAUUCAAAAUUCCUUCCCAACUGUGCACGUUCCACACGUAUGCUUGGUCGGUGCGUGCGUGUGUCUCGUGCACAGAUGAAUUUUUAGUUGUCAAAAUCGUUUUUUUUCUUUUUUGUAUUAUUUCCUUAAUUUGCGUUUGAUCCGUUUUUUUUUUCUUUCUUUUUUAAUCGUUUACCUACAUUCUCGUGAUUUUUUUUUUCUCUUUUGAAGCAAAAUCACGAAGACUAUGGUGCGGAUCGAACUAGUGGUCCAAGUUGUGAUACAGAUGCGAGAGAUUUAUCGUGAAACGGAUGAGAGUGAAAUGAGAGGAGGAUAAGAUGAUGGUACGGCCGUGAGAGAGAAAGAGAGAAAACGAAUGCGUGAAAGAAAUGUUAAUGAAGGGUCAAGAGAAAUGAGUAAAAAAAAAAAA